CGCGUUUGUUCGCCGGUCACGUGACGCGGUCUUUUCACGCGAGGAAGUGACGUCGCUGUGGGACGGAGUGUGUGACAGACGUACCAGUGGAGCUGGGAUCUGACCUAAGGAAAGAUUGUGGGGCUGAGGCAAAGGAUUUGCCCUGUCAUGGGCGGCAGCGCCUCAAAGGCCCGAGGGCUGUGGCCUUUCUCCUCAGCGACAAACGAGGUGCAGACAGACAACGCCGAGCAGAGUGAGACCCGUAUGCGGAAGGCCACCCCGUUUAUCUUUACCCGGCGAGGCUCUAUGUAUUUUGAUGAGGAUGGGGAUCUGGCCCACGAGUUUUACGAAGAGACGGUUGUGGUGAGAAAUGGACGAAAACGGGCAAAGCUGAAGCGAAUUCAAAAGAACUUGAGACCUCAGGGCAUCAUCAGGUUAGAUCAUCCAUGCCUCCAUGUGGACUUUCCGGUUGUAAUAUGUGAGGUCUGACACUGGCUGAGAACCACUGCCUGCCAUGCUGUUCCCUCUUCUACCAACCUCUGUGCCCAUUGCUGUGCUCCUGAGAUAGGGAGCAGUAAUGGGGAAACACAAGAACAGUCCCAUACAGAGACUUUAGUACUAUCUGUGCUGACUGAAGAAGUAUGAUAGAGACUGCACUUUCACACUUCGCUGCCGUGAGGCACAUUGCCUUUCUUACAGGAUCACUCCUGGGCUGUGCUGUAGAAGGAAUUCCUGUAACCAAUGGGUGAAGUCUGUGCUGUAGAAGAAAUCCCUGUAACCAAUGGGUGUAGUCGGUGUUUGUCACCCCUUAGGGUUUGUCACUGACUGGGAAAGGAAGGCUGGUGGUACAGGCACCUCUUAUUGCUGCCAGGAAAUGUGGUUCAGGUUCAUAACCUCAUUUCUGUCCUAAGCAGACCAGCACAUUAAUACUAUAUGCACUACAACACUUCUCACAGGUUUGCCAAAACCUUACUCCCUGUAGUACUCAGUGGGUUACUUAUACCUAGCAUAGAUGCCUUGCUACGUAUAUGGUGACAGUAACAAAUCAGGGAUGUCCAAAGUGUGGGUCCCCAUCUGUCAUGCAGCCACAGACUGCAAAAGACUCUAUUUGGAAUGCUGACAGUUGCAGUUUAAAGGGGAACUAUGAAAUGAAAAUGUAAUAUAAGCUUCCUUAUACUGAAAUAAGAAACUUUCUAUAUAGAAUCAAUUAAAUAUUCAGCAUCGUUUCUGAAAUAAUCAAGUUUAUAUUCGCUAUUCCUCUCUCCGCAUCUGUUUCUCCUCAUUCAGGAGUUGGGUGUCAGAUGAAUGAUCAAAUAUAUCUUAAAGGGGGCUCCUUUUGCAUAGAAGCUCACUCUGUUAAAAUCACCAGACAUCAUGUCUCUCUACGUGCAGAAUUUGUGCAAAAGGCAGUUAUUUUGUUAUAUUUUUGUUUGUACUGGAAUCAGUUAUUUGAGUGAGCUCUAAUUCAUCUGCUAGGAAAGGAAGCCCCCCCCGCCAUAAGAUAUAUUGGAUCAUUCGUCUGACACCCAACUGCUGCAUGAAGACAGAAUGAAGAGAAACAGAUGCUGAAAGAGGAAUAGUGAAGAUAAACUUGAUUAUUUCAGAACCAAUGCAGAAUUUUAAAUUGUAUUUAGAAAGUUUCUAAUUUCAGUAUUCUGAAGCUUAUAUUACAUGUUUGUGAUAGUUCUCCUUUAACAACAGCUGGUGAUGCACUGGUUUUACUUCCCUGUCUCUUUAUUUUCCUUGCUUCAACCUAAAUAUUUCAUAGCUGCCUAGUUCCACAGAUGCUGUCUUCUGCAUCAGUCUGCUCGUACUUGAGUGCAUCAAGCACCAAGUGAUAAAAUGUGAUGUAUAGUAGGAUUCUAUUAAUGCACAACUAGCAGCUCUCUGCACUGGGAAGGAUCAUUCAUUGUUGUCUCUACAAGCAAUGCAAUGGAUUUCUGGCAGUUGGCUCUGCCAUGGGAGAUUGCGCUAGGAUUAUCAAGCAAAUAAUUAUGUAUGUAUAAUUUUCCCUAUAUAUAUAUAUGUUAAUUUAUUACCUUUUUAUUUGUGUCCUAUAUGCCUCAUGUAUUUUCUUUGCCUUGGCCUCACUGCUGUGCCUCUUUCAGCUUGUGUCAGCAGGAAGCACCAGGUGCAUGGAAUACAUAUCCCCAAUAAAAUCCAUCUUUGUAAUA